UAAUAUUGUUAAAAUUAUAGCUAGUGCCAAGCAGCUAAGAACGAACGAGAGCUCAGCUCUGGGGUCUGAAAUCCUGCCAGGCAGGGCCGCUUAUCUUGGAAGUAAACUAACCAGGCCUCAUGCCCGCCAGAGCUGAUCCAAGAGCUGGUUCCAUCCACCUGCGGGGGAGGAAGCGGUGAUAUUCAUGGCAGCUUUGGACUCACUUUCACUCCUUCCCUGGAGCUGCCCGGAAGGAUCGUUUGUACGAAAAGCAGAAGCCGAGCUUUGGGUGAAGGGGAACAGGUCGGUUCAGCAGAGUUUAAGGACCACGUUCUGCCGUCAGCUAAAGCCAGGUAACCCCACUGCAGACAAGGGAAGUAUGGGGCAGCGGGGGCAGCUGUGGGCAGCAUAUGGCCCUUCAGAAAGAUACAAUUUCUGCUUGCAGGAGCAUCCUGUGUUAGCCUGUUCCUAACCCAUAACGCAGCAGAUUGCAACGGGGCCCUGCUGCCUCUGGGGCCAUGACAGUAGGAUUUUUAGGGGGUUGAUUCCCUUGAUUCCACACGCCUCCUCUCUGGCCAUUACUCUGAUGUCGUCCCCACUGAGAUGGACCACAGCAGCCGAGCAAGGUGGGAAAGAGGAGAGUGAUGAGGCCCAAGCCUUGGGCCUGGUGUGGGCGGGUGCCAAGACGGGGGCAGGCUGCAGAGGAAAGCGAAGAUGGAGGAAGGACCGAGGCCGAGAUGCACAGAAAGAGGAACCGGUCUGGCAACCAGCUGAGCCAGUCUAGUUUCGACUAAUUCUUCAGAAGGAAAGAAUAGUGAAAAUACAAUAUCCUGCUAGGCAAACGGCACCAGCCGCUUUAACCCUUUGCUGCCCAAGCAUCAGGGUGUCAGGCCACCUAGAGACCCUCCCCGUGGGAGCCCUACUCUGGAGAAGCCACUGCCCCUUCCUUUCCCCAUGCCCCAGGUGAGAGCAACCUGAGCGGCCUGUAGGAAGCCAGUGGCAGCAGCUGCCCAGAUCGGGUUUCCCCUGUCAUGAAUAUUCAGAGCUUCCCCUGGCCCAGCCUCUGCUCCUGUUUACUUAGGCAGGAGUGGCUGGAUCUCGGAUUAACCUUGACACAGAGCGAAAGGGAGCAACAGGUAUAAUAGCAGCACCCCUGCACCUGCCUCCGCAGGCGCCUGAGAUGUGACAGCCGCUGCCCCCACCCUCUCCCGGUGCAGCUCAGCCUGCCAGCCCCUCAGCUGGCAAUAGCGCCCUGGAGCUAUCCCGGCCCUCAGUCCCUUUGCUCCUGCCCCUGAGUGCUCCCCUGGGGAGCAGAACGCACCCAGCAAGGGACUGAAUCAGAGCAGAGACACGCUCCUCUGCCACCAGCAAGGAGAAACCACCAUGGCAGAGACCAACAGCUGGUGGAAGCUCACCUUCCUGCGGAAGAAGAAAUCCACCCCCAAGGUCCUGUACGAGAGCCCAGACAUCUAUGCCAACGAGAACCACCAGGAGGCCACGUGGACAGAGGCAGGGAGCAAUGGUGGCGCCGAGAGUGAAUUCAACACCCGGCUGGAGAAGAUCGUGGAUAAGAACACAAAAGGCAAACACGUCAAAGUCUCCCACUCUGGGCGCUUCAAGGAGAAGAAGAAAGUGCGAGCCACGCUGGCUGAAAACCCCAACCUCUUUGCUGAUGGCGAGCGGGAGGAGAAGUGAGGCAGGGGAAAGUGGGCAUUGGGGGGAAAGCGCUGCAGGGUGGAACCAAUGCCCUGAAAUCAUCGCGCAUGGACCCGUCCCGACUCAGAGCCAGCCUAGAUGUCAGUUCU